CUUUCUUUCUUUCUUUCUUUCUUUUUCCAAACACACACAGUAACGCUCUCUUUCUUGCUUCUUUCUUGAAUCUUAGCGACAAAUCAAAAUGUCCAGCCAGAACCGCCGUUCCUCGUUUUCCUCCUCAACGACGUCGUCUUUGGCCAAACGCCACGCCGCAACCGCUUCCUCCGAGAACAAGGCUCUGGCCAAGAAGCGACCACCGCUCACUAACCUCACCAACACCGUCGCUCACCGCAACUCAUCUUCUUCGGUUCCUUGCGCAGCUAAAGUUGCGAAGACCAAGAAAGAGGUUAUUCCGGCGUGCUCAGGCAACAAAAGACCUACAUUGGCCAAUGUUAAACCUUCGAAUGCUGUUGUUUUCCCUAAGGCUAGUUCUCUCCCUGAAAGGAAUGUAGCUGCUGCUGCUGCACCCCCUCCUCCUCCUCCGUCAGUUUCCGCCACCGUCGUUGUUCCUGCUCCGAGCACUGUGGUCGAUGUUUCACCGAGUAAAUCAGAUGGCAUGUCGGUUUCUAUGGACGAGUCAAUGUCUUCGUGUGACUCUUUCAAGAGUCCUGACAUUGAAUAUGUGGACAACAGCGAUGUUGCAGCGGUGGAUUCAAUUGAGAGGAAGACAUUCAGCAUUCUCAACAUCUCUGAUUCGGCAGAACCAGCAGGUAACAUUUGUAGUAGGGACAUACUUGUUGAGUUGGAAAAGGGGGACAAGUUUGUCAAUGUUGAUAACAAUUACGCGGAUCCGCAGCUUUGUGCAACCUUUGCGUGUGAUAUCUACAAGCACCUUCGUGCAUCUGAGGCAAAGAAAAGGCCUUCCACAGACUUCAUGGAGAAGGUUCAGAAGGACAUAAACCCCAGCAUGCGUGCUAUAUUGAUUGAUUGGCUUGUGGAGGUGGCUGAAGAGUAUAGACUUGUACCUGAUACGUUGUAUUUGACAGUAAACUACAUUGAUCGAUAUCUUUCAGGGAAUUUGAUGAACAGACAAAGGUUACAAUUACUUGGUGUUGCCUCAAUGAUGAUUGCCUCUAAAUAUGAGGAGAUUUGUGCCCCUCAGGUGGAGGAGUUUUGUUACAUAACUGAUAACACCUACUUCAAAGAAGAGGUUUUGCAGAUGGAAUCUGCUGUCUUGAAUUUUCUCAAGUUCGAAAUGACAGCCCCAACAGUAAAAUGUUUCUUAAGAAGAUUUGUACGUGCAGCUCAAGGAGUCGAUGAGGUCCCUUCGCUGCAACUAGAGUGCUUGACAAACUAUAUUGCCGAAUUGUCUCUCUUGGAGUACAGUAUGCUUUGUUAUGCUCCAUCACUUAUAGCCGCUUCUGCUAUCUUCCUGGCCAAAUUUAUACUUUUCCCUUCAAAGAAACCAUGGAAUUCCACAUUGCAUCAUUACACGCUGUAUCGGCCUUCUGAUCUGUGUGUUUGUGUAAAGGAUCUCCACCGUCUUUGUUGCAAUAGCCCUAACUCUAAUUUGCCCGCAAUUAGGGAGAAAUACAGUCAGCAUAAGUACAAAUAUGUGGCCAAGAAGUGCUGCCCUCCUUCAAUACCUUCAGAAUUUUUCCAGAAUUGAGCAGAGAUGACAGUCUAAUUUCCGGUUGGUGUAGGCUUAGAUUGACAUAACCUUGUCUCGAGAGAAGACGCGCUUCUCUAACACUGUACAACGUAGUUGCCAACCCUCCAUCUUAAUUACAAUUCUUGUAUCUGCUUUUAUUGAUGUGCACACUCUUGUGCACACAAGUUCACAAAAAAAAUUCAACAAGCAACUUGUUUACGAUUAUUUUCUAAUUAGAAUUAGAAUUUUAUUUUAAUAA